AUGUGGAGUGCAGGAUGUAUUGCAGCAGAAUUAGUAUUAGGAAUUCCAUUAUUUCCAGGAAAUAGUGAAUUUAAUCAAUUAUUUAAAAUAAUUGAUAUGUUAGGAUUACCACCAAAAAAUAUAUUAGAACAAGGAUCAAAAACUUUAUGUUAUUUUAAUAAACUUGGAAAUGAUGAAAAUAUUCGUUAUAUUAUGAAACAACCAUUUGAAUAUGAAAUGGAAAAUAGAAUUAGAUUAGAACCAAAUAAAAAAUAUUUUAGAUUUAAAACAUUAAAAGAAUUAAUUAUGAGAAUUCCUUUAAAACUUGGAGGUGGAAUGAAAGAACAAAUUACUAAUUUAACAGAAAUUAGACUUUCUCUUAUUCAUUUUAUUGAAGGUAUGCUUAAUUAUGAUCCAAUGAAACGUUGGACUCCUUCUCAAGCUUUAUGUCAUCCUUUCUUAACUGGUCAACAAUUUACUGGUUAUUGGGAACCUCCUUUAUCUGCAUCUCAACCAAGACCACCUGAAGAUGAUAUUUCUCCUGGAAUAUCAAGUGAAGAAUUUACAAAGAAAUGUUUUGGAAAUGAUAUAAUAUUACAUGGUUUAAAUACUGCUGAAUAUUAUGAUAUUUGUACAUCUGCAUUACAAAUGGGUGAAGUCGUCAAUAUUACUUGUCCUAAUCCUUUCCAAUUACCUCCUAUGACUCCUGACUCUUUUAGAAAAGCAUUUGAAAAUAUUCACAAAAGAGAAAGAAGUGGAAGUGGUUCUCGUAUUACAAGAAGAAGAUCUUCAUUAUUACGAAAUCAAGAAAAUCUCUAUCGUGCACAAUUGAAACAACCCCACACCCCUCGUUCUAAUGGUAUCAGUCCAAUGAAAAUUGUUCAAGAAAUACAUGAAGGAGAUGAUUUCUUAGAAAAUGGAUUAACUACCGUAAGAAGAAGGUUUGACUCAUGUAACGCUAGAAUGAAUAGAACACCACUUCAAGAUUUUAGACUCCAUCGUACUGAACAAUUCAAAACUAAUGACGUUAAUUCUGUUAAAUUAGAAGAUCGUUUUAAUGACCCCAUUUUUAAAGAAACAGCUAUUGUCCAUGAACCUUCAAAUGUUAAUAUCCCUAUUGUCCCUGUUCCUAUUAGAAGAAGUGAUACCGGUCAAGACCCUUUCGAGUUUGCUCCUUUAUUCAUUUUCGGAGAACAAUCUCAUCAAUAA